CCUUCCUUUGUUGAUACAUUUCAUUGGAUGAUUGAUGUGAUCUGCUGCUUCGUAUUGGACUUUCAUUCCCUUCUGCAUUUUUUUUUUAACUAAUGAAGUUGGAAAAAGUGCCAAAUACAGAGUCUUCCCUAGAACACAGAUAUAAAUGUGUGAGUAUAAAUACACUUGCAAUUGGUUGUAUGUGUGUGAGAGAGAGACAGAGACAGAGAGAGACAGAGAGACAGAGAAAGAGAAUUUGAGGUAGAGGGAGAAAGAGAGGCAAAGAACAGAUAACACAGAUUAUUUGUCGUUAGUUGGUGUCAAAUAGUUUCUGCAAGUUGUUUAUGUAGACAUUCUUAUGUAUUUGUUGAAAAUGAUAAGCAUAAUAUAAGUAUGAUUGCCCCAUGGAUGAAAAAAUAAAUAAGUGAAUGAUAAAAUAAAUGGAAUAAGUGCAGAAUCAGAACCAGAUGGAAACCUUUAUAUUCUAGGAUGCUUCUAUGUUGUAAACAUGAGAAAAUGUCCUCCCCAAACUGCACUACAGUGACCACAUUCAUUCUGUUGGGACUCACAGAAAACCCAGUGUUGGAGAAGAUCCUAUUUGGGGUAUUUCUGAUGAUCUACCUAGUCACACUGGUGGGGAAUCUGUGCAUGAUUUUUCUGAUCAGGACCAAUUCGCGUCUCCAAACUCCCAUGUAUUUCUUCCUUGGCCACCUCUCUUUUGUAGACAUUUGCUAUUCUUCCAGCAUUACUCCCAAUAUGCUAUACAACUUCCUCUCAGACCAAAAGACCAUCUCCUAUGCUGGAUGUUUCACACAGUGUCUUCUCUUCAUUACCCUGGUGAUCAUCGAGUUUUACAUCCUUGCUUCAAUGGCAUUGGAUCGCUAUGUUGCCAUUUGUAGUCCUCUCCAUUACACUACCAGAAUGUCCAAGAACGUUUGUAUAUCUCUAGUCACAGUCCCUUAUACUUAUGGCUUCCUUAAUGGACUCUCUCAGGCAGUUUUGACUUUUCACUUAUCUUUCUGUGGCUCCCUUGAAAUCAAUCAUUUUUAUUGUGCGGAUCCUCCUCUUAUACUGCGGGCUUGCUCUGACACCUAUGUCAAAAAGAUGGCAAUGUUUAUUGUUGCUGGGUUUACUCUCUCCAGCUCUCUCUUCAUCAUUCUUCUGUCCUACCUUUUCAUUUUUGUGGCCAUCUUGAGAAUGCAUUCUGCUGAAGGCAGGCACAAAGCCUUCUCUACUUGUGGUUCCCACCUGGCAACAAUCUCCAUAUUUUAUGGAACCCUCUUCUGCAUGUACUUAAGGCCUCCAUCUGAGAAGUCUGUAAAAGAGUCCAAAAUAAUUGCAGUCUUUUUUGCUUUUUUGAGCCCAAUGCUGAACCCAUUGAUCUAUAGCGUAAGGAACAAGGAUGUGAUUCACGCCAUGCAGCAAGUGAUCAGGGAAGUAUCUUCCAUAAAAUUGCAGCUUAGGAGUCUGUUCUUUUCUAAUCACUAA